AUGGACGACCUCAAGCACCUCAUCACCCCCUCUCUGCUCACUCUCCUCGUCGAGGCGCGGAUACCUUUCUCGCCGGCAGCGCCUCUCAACUUCGGGGAAGUCGCUCGGAAGACAUUCGGCGCAGGACCCUUCCUCCCUACAAUAGAGCCCAAGGCAUGGCCGGUCCUCGUCGCCCUCAGCAAAGCCGGUCUGGAUGCGCUCAGCCCUGAGUUCUUGAUGGCGAACUUCCUCCCGCCCCCGGCAAGCGCGGAGUUCCCCCGCCAGUGCCUUGGCAUGCAGCUUCUUCUGGACCAGGCGCCACGUUCGCUCUGCCGCGGCGUUGACGGCAGGUGGAGGUCGUGCUACUUCGACGUGGUAAGCCAGCGGUUUGCGAGGUCAUGGCUGGCUCUCCCAGACGAUCAGAGACCAGACUCGCAGACGCGCUGGUGCACCGAACUUGGAGCGUCGUUUGACUACUGGACGUGUGUCCGGUUCUGGAUGGGGGCCCCGUUCGUGCACUCUGAGUCAGCUGAGAAUCAGGCGAUCGCUCUGGAGUUCACAGACACGACUCGUAGGGCUGUGGAAGCCAAGACGGGGGUGACAGAUCCGUGGAGGGCGAAAAGGGAUGAGGUCCUGUCCGACAUCUACGGCUUCCCGCGUGUAGCACGUGCGGGUCCGCCGCUGGGCGAGGACGUGACGCUGGAGACAUGGUCCUGGUGGUGGAUGAUGCUGAUAGAUAUUCAUAAACCAGUUAUUGAUCGAUUUGGAAGGUAUCCAUACAAUAAUGAAGUUCGAGGCCGUGAGAGCACGAAAGAAGAGCUGGAAUGGAGAGAAAAGAUGGAUCACUUUGCCGAGGAACCGCCAGAGGUCUUGGAGCAGCUUGUGGAAGAUUACAAGGCUGGUAUAUGGCAGCCACUGGGUGCAGGUAAGAAGGAUGACCAGAGGAAAUUCAAAUAG